UCUGGUAAAAAGUGAGGUCUGCAGACGCUGGAGAUCACAGUUGAAAAUGUGUUGCUGGUUAAAGCACAGCAGGUCAGGCAGCAUCCAAGGAACAGGAAAUUUGACGUUUCGGGCAUAAGCCCUUCAUCAGGAAUGAGGAGAGGGUGCCAGGCAGGCUAAGAUAAAAGGAUACGAGAAAGGAAGGAACUACAGCCAGAAAUCUCAAAACAAGAUCUGAUAGAGACAAUCAAUUCAUUGGCACGGGAAUAUCAUCAGCCUUUGAAUCUUGCAGGAUAUUUUAAUUCUCUUCUGUCCUGCCUGCUUUGAAAGGUUUCAAAUAUCAGUGAGACUGAGGCACACAGACCUGAGUGAGAGUGUCCCAGUGAACUGACUGUGGGAAGAGCUUCAAUCGGUUACGCAGUCUGACAUAGCAAUACCCCAUUCGCAGCAGCAAGAGAUAGAACACAUUGUGUGUGUGUGUGAGUGGUCUUUCAACUGAUUGUCGAAGCUGGAGAGAGACGAGGAUUCCCAGGUGAUGGAGAAACCGUGGAAAUGUGGGGACUGUGGGAAGGAAUUUGAAUUGCUGUCAUUGCUUGAAUGCCAUCGGCGCGGUCACACCGGGGAGAGACCGUUCGCCUGCUCUGUGUGUGGGAAGGGCUUCACCAACUCGUCCACCCUGCAUAGACACCAGCGGGUCCACACUGGGGAGAAGCCAUUCACCUGCUCCGUGUGCGGGAAGGGAUUCAGUCAGAUCGGCCAUUUGCAGUCACACCAGCGGAUCCACACGGGGGAGAAGCCGUUCAUCUGCUCAGUGUGCGGGAAGGGGUUCACGCGAAUGGGCAACCUGCAGACGCACCAGCGGGUCCACACGGGAGAGAAGCCAUUCACCUGCUCUGAGUGUGGGAAGGGGUUCACUCAGUCAUCUAAACUGCUGACCCACCAGUGGGUACACAGUGGGGAGAGACCUUUCCCCUGCUCUGUGUGCAGGAAGGGCUUCACCAAUUCAUCCGCCCUGUGGAAACACCAGCUUGUCCACACCAGGGAGAGACCAUUCAACUGCUCCAUAUGCGGGAGGGGAUUCACUAAUUCAUCCGACCUGCUGAUGCACCAGCACCUCCACACCGGGGAGUGGCCGUUCACGUGCUCUGAGUGCGGGAAGGGGUUCACCCGUUCAUUUGCCCUGCGGAGACACCAACGGGUCCACACCAGGGAGAGGCCAUUCACCUGCUCUGUCUGCAGGAAGGGGUUCACUCAGUUCUCCAACCUGCAGAAGCACCAGUGGGUCCACGGCGGGGAGAGGCCGUUCACCUGCUCAGUGUGUGGGAAGGGGUUCACUAAUUCGUCCGAUCUGCUGACACACCAGCACCUCCACACCGGGGAGUGGCCGUUCACGUGUUCCGUGUGCAGGAAGGGCUUCACCCAUUCAUCUGCCCUGCAGAAACACCAGCGGGUCCACACCAGGGAGAGGCCGUUCACCUGCUCCGUGUGCGGGAAGGGGUUCACUCAGUCCUCCAACCUGCAGAGACACCAGCGGGUCCACACCGGGGAGAGGCCAUUCACCUGCUCCAUGUGCGGGAAGGGGUUCACUCAGUCCUCCGUCCUGCAGAAACACCAGCGGGUCCACAGGAGAUGACAUUGCACCUGAUGUGGGCUCCUCUACAUCGGGGAGACAGGGCGCCGCCUUGCGAGUCAUUUUAGACAUCUCUUGGACACUCGCACCCACCAACCCCACCGCCCCGUGGCUGAACACUUCAACUCCCCCUCCCAGUCUGUCAAGGACAUGUAGAUCCUGGCUACAGGACGUCUCUGUAGGAGUUCCUUAGGGUAGUGUCCGAGGCCCAACCGUCUUCAGCUGCUUCAUCAAUGACCUUCCUCCAUCAUAAGGUCAGAAGUGGAAAUAUUCACCAAUAGUUGCACAAUAUUGAGCACUAUUCAUAACUCCUCACAUACUGAAAGAGUUCAGUUUCAAAUGCAACACAAUCUUAACAAGAUCCAAUUGGCUGAUGAGUAGCAAGUAACAUACAUCCAAGCAAUGACUCAUCCCUGUUAUGAAGAUGUGGGUGUACUUUGUACUUUAACUUUGAGAGUUAAAAGGCCGCAGGACUACCUGACAGCCUCAAGCAUUCCGAAUAAAGUAACAAUGUCAUACUUGGUUGAAACUGAGAUUAGCUGGGUUGCCUGGAAGCAACAAAUCAGAUUUGAAUUAAGCCAAUUACACUCCAAAAAAUACCAAACCCCAAUCAAGUUUGAAUUUAGUAUAUUGAAAAUCUUAAAAGCCAAUGACACAAUCCAAUUCUUUGGGGGCAUAAGACCAGGGAAAUUGCCAAGCUAACGACAUUUGCAGACUGCCUGGAGAAUACCUCUCUUAAAGGUACCUUUAUCAAUUCGUGACCUGUGAAGCAGAAUCUCCAAGAAGAAGAAAAGAAGACACAGGAAGAUCCAAAUAGAACAGUUGGCUGGUUUUAAAAACUUGAAUUUUUGGUAAAUCUCAAUUGAGAUGUUUUAUUGGAUAAGUACUAUAGAAGGGAAGGUAAAAAACAGACUAGAAGAAGAAGUUGUAAAUAGUUGUU